UGUGAGGAGUGUGGGAAGAGCUUCAGGCACAACUCUGUCCUGAUCCAACACCAGAGGAUCCACACUGGGGAAAAGCCCUUUGAGUGUGGGGAGUGUGGGAAGAGCUUCAGGCAGAGGGGCCACCUAAUGCAACACCAGAUGAUCCACACUGGAGACCGGCCUUACGAAUGUGGGGAAUGUGGGAUGAGCUUCAGCCAGAAGGGCCACCUGAUGCAACACCAGAGGAUCCACACAGGAGGAAAGCCCUAUGAGUGUGUGGAAUGUGGGAAGAGCUUCAGCCAGAGCUCUGGCCUGAGGAAACAUGAGAGGAUCCACACUGGGGAAAAGCCCUAUGAGUGUGGGGAGUGUGGGAAGAGCUUCAGCAUGAAGUGCCAGCUGACAGAACACCAGAAGAUCCACACUGGGGAAAAGCCCUACAAGUGUGGGGAAUGUGGGAGGAGCUUCAGAGAAAGCUGGGCCCUGAUUCGGCACCAGGUGAUCCACACGGGGGAACGGCCCUACACCUGCUUGGAAUGUGGGAAGAGCUAUGGGUGGCACACUGACCUGAGAAAACACCAGCAGAGCGUUCACUCUGGGGAGAAGCCCUACAAGUGUUCUGAGUGUGGGAAGAGGUUUCAGACCAGCUCCAGUCUCCUGGUACAUCAGCGGACUCACACAGAGGAGAGGCCCUUCCGCUGCCCCGACUGCGGGAAGGGAUUCCAGCAAAACUCCAAACUCACCAUCCACCGGCGUAUCCACACUGGGGAGAGGCCCUACAAGUGUGGGGAGUGUGGGAAGAGCUUCUCACAGAGCUCAAUCUUGACCAAACACCAACGGAGGCACCACUAAGGGAAGCCCUGUGAAUACCCCGACUUCAGGAAGAGCUUCAUGCACGGGAGAAUCUGUGUUGGCUGAUCCCCAGUGACCCUCACUGGGCAGAGACCUGGUGAUCCAUGGUCCUGCUGAUCUGUGUUGGGAAGACACCUAGCUGGGGGGCUCCACAUCUUCCUGGCUCCCCGUGGUCACGUGGAUGUAUACAGGGGCAGGGACAUCCAUUGGGACGCAGACCAACAAUGGGAAUUCCUUGAGGAGAGCGGAUUUGUUGACUUUCAAACCCCUAAAAUCUUUUGCAUUCAAUCCUAUCUUCUGGUGGCAUCAAGGAAUACUGAAUGGUCUUGGAGGUCUUUUCCAAUUUCAGGGAUGCCACGAUUUUGAUUUCCUGUUGCCCAAAGGUGUCUUUGGCAGACAAAUGGUGAAAAAGUGGAGAGAAGACCAAGAUUUUUGAGACAGUGAGGUGGGAACUUCACCAAAAAAUGUUCUUCCCUCCCACCAAGCCACAUAGGUUCUCUGCCGGCAUGGAUGCGGAAUUCCUUUUCUUUUGGCCUUGAUUUUAUUUUAAUUUCUCUUCAUCCCUUUAAAAUAUCUGAUAUUGGAGUAAAAACAAAGACAUUAAAUUAAGAUAUGCAUGUGGUUAUGGUAGGACACAGUCAUGGAGAGCAGCAUGGGGACAUACGGUCAUGGAUGGGAAUGGGGACAUGGGGGGAUGCAGUAAUCCCUUGGUCUCUGGGCUUUAUAUGAGUCCAAAUCUGGCUAGCUCUGGACUCUAGCCCACACGGACUUGCAGAGACGGAGAUAAAAGACAAGAAGCGCUCUUCUCCACGUGGGAACGAGUAUCCUGUUUAUUGGCUUGGGACAGAACACUUCUGGUGACGGUGACUGUUGAGAGUUUUUUGCAGAUUGAGGAGUUUUUGUUAGACAAUGGCCAUAUUUAGCCGAUGCACAAUCCAGCCUGCUUGUAAUAAGGGACAAUAGUCACGUUCACAAACAAUGAAUAAUGGACAUAUUCAGAAAUGGGGUCGGUAUAUCCUUGAAAGCGAUACAAGAAGAAGAAUCUUCAGGACUCAGCAAGUUUAUCAGCAAGUUUGGGAAAGUCAGAAAAAAUUGAGCCAUGGGUGGGCCAGACGAGCACAGCAAGAUGCGUAAAAAAAUAGGUGAUCCAAUCAGCAUUCUAAUUUAGAUGUGUGAACAGCUAGGAUUAACCAAUCAUGUAUUAGCUAGAGACGCAUGGACAGUAGAGAUUUAUUAUAAAUAUAGUCUUUUUAGGGAUAAUAAAUUUGGCUCACUGGAUCAUA